UGACAAUAUUAAAUCCAAGCUCAAACACAAAACGACAUGAAAAUGGCGGUUGAAGAAGUUGAGUUGCCAUUGAUCGAUAUAAGCGGUUAUCUUAACCCUCGGAAACCCGGUGACAAAGAAGCGGUGGUCCAACAAGUGCGAGAUGCAGCGCGCCAAUAUGGAUUCUUCCAAGUGAAAGGUCAUGGUAUACCUCUUAGUCUUCAACGUGAUUUACUCCGCUGCAUGGACAACGUCUUCAAUCUGCCAAAGGAACAGAAGAUGAAAAUGUCGUUUCUUGAUAACCCAUGCCGUAGAGGCUACGAAGCGUCUGGCAUGUCGCACCGAGAAGGGGACGCCCUCCCAGAUGCCAAAGAGUGUUUCUUUGUUGGACGUGAUGAUCCAGUAGUCGAGCUUUCGGGUAUCUACGGGCCCAACAUCUGGCCUGAUCUUCCGGAAAGCGAUUUCCGCGGCCCUGUCUCAUCGUAUUAUCAGCAAACCAAUGAACUCGGCAAAAGCCUGUGGGCGAUUUUACUCGAAGGCCUCGAUCAGCCGGCCGAAACGGUAGCCAAAUUCUCUAAGCGGCCAAUCGUACCCAUGAAAAUGAUCAGAUACCCCCCAAGCAGCAACGUUGCCAAAGGUCAAUUUGGCAUUGGCGCUCACACCGAUUUUGGCGGCGUGACCAUUCUGUUCCAACAACCAAGCAAGGACGGUCUCGAAGUCUGGCACGACAGUCGUGAGGAAUGGAUCGAUGUACCUGCGCUGGAGGACAUCUAUAUCAUAAAUUGUGGAGACAUGAUUCAACGCUGGUCGGGAGGUGCCUAUAAGAGUGCAAGACAUCGGGUAAUCAACAAGGUCAAUGGCGAGAGGCUUUCCUGCGCCACUUUUUGGCACGGCGAUGUCCAUGCCACGAACCCGCUGAAGCCGGACGAUCCCAGCAAUGAGACAAUCGGCCAAUUGUUGGCUAAGCGAUUCGGCAACCAGUACUCCUUCUCCAAGGAACUCAUGGCGGAUGUUCAAGCAGCAGCGUGAUCAUGAUUAUUGAAGAUUCUCCGUACAUAUCAUCAAUAAAGGUAGUUGGUGAUUUCUCUUCGGUCGAAUUGCAUAAUCCUGAAUCGAACUAUACUCGUGUCAUUUUGCA